AUGGAAGCGCCCCCCAGACCAUCGUCUCACAACCUGUUCGAGGUGUACCUGCGUCUUCGCCCGCCACCCGCAGGUGCCACGCAGGCGGACCGCAUCCUCAACGUCGAGGUGCCCGAGGACAAGGAAAGGUCGCACCCUUCGCACAUCACGCUGAACCCGCCGACCGAUAGACGGCGGGCCAUUGAAAAGUUUGCAUUCACCAGGGUGUUUGACGACGAUGCCUCACAGCUGGAUGUCUUCCACUGCACAGAGAUUGCAGCUCUGGCCGAGGGAGUUUUGGCGCCCCAGGGAGGUGAAGGGACCGAUGCCGUUGUGGCGACGCUGGGCGUGACGGGGUCGGGAAAGACGCACACGAUUCUGGGAUCCAAGUCCCAGCGCGGCCUGACCCAGCUUGCUCUCGAUGUUCUUUUCCGAUCGAUUGGCCCGAACAUGCUCGAGUCGGUAUCACUUCCUUCGGCCGUGGAAUCCCUCCAGGCGUGCGAUGCGUCCGAGUCGAUUCUCUGUACGGCAUCGCACUUUGUUGAAUCUACAUUUGCCGAUGCGUCGGGCCACUCGCGGGCGCCUUCGCGAGCGGCAACGCCCAUGCUGGUACGACCGUCACCCGCGUCGCGCGUCUCUUUUGUCCGCGCGUCUCCCCAAUCCGCCGCAUCCGGGGCCUGCUAUCCUGAGGGCGGUCUGGUAGUCCAGAUCCCAGGGACGUAUCCCGAGUCAGCAGCGUCAAGCCCGAAAAGUGUCAGGCUUCAAAGCGGCGCGCCCGCGUCCGGCCGCGACGAGCGUGUUGCGGCAUCGCAGGCUGCGCCGCCGCCCAAGCGGGAGAGCAAGAGACACUUCAUGUCCCUCACUGCCACUGCCCGUGUAAAGAACGUUGCUAAGUCACAAGUAAAGGUAGACCACAGCGUCAUGUCGCCCGGGCCGCGUAGAAACCUUGCUCGACCUUCUGCUCUUCCUCAGACGCCCGACAUUAGCGGCGUCAACAUCUCGUGCGACUCGUCGGCCGAGUACGCCGUCGUCGUGUCCAUGUACGAAGUCCACAACGACCGCAUCUACGACCUCCUCACGCCGGCUUCCAAGUCGGCUGCCACCAAGGAGUUUCGCCGGCGACCCCUGCUCUUCAAGUCGACGGAGCUGUCUCCCGACCGAAAGGUGGUUGCCGGCCUGCGCAAGGUAGUCUGCGCCUCGCUCAGGGAUGCCGUCAUGGUGCUCGAGGCGGGCCUUUUGGAGCGCCGCGUUGCUGGCACCGGCAGCAACAGCGUUUCCAGCCGAAGCCACGGCUUCUUCUGCUUCGAGGUCAAGAAACGCACGAGGAGCAGGAGGCCAGGGCCCUGGGGCGGGAGCAAGCUGACCAUUGUCGACUUGGCCGGCAGCGAGCGGGCCCGCGAGGCCAAGACGCAGGGUGCCACGCUCGUCGAGGCUGGCAAGAUCAACGAGAGCUUGAUGUACCUGGGACAGUGUCUUCAGACGCAGAGCGAGCUGUCGACGUCGACGAGGACCAAUGUUGUUCCUUACCGCCAGUGCAAGCUGACGGAGCUGCUCUUCUCCAACUCGUUCCCGACCUCGUCGUCUGCCGCGCAUCCUCACAUGCCCCGCCGCAAUCCGCAGCGAGGCGUCAUGAUUGUGACUGCCGACCCGAGGGGCGACUUCAACGCAACGUCGCAGAUUCUGCGGUACAGCGCUCUGGCGCGGGAGGUGACUGUUCCUCGGAUCCCGUCCAUCACGGCCACGAUCCUAGCUCACCCGCCGCCGACGGGAAACCCGCGACCAUCCAGCCCCGUGCAGCACCAUGCUCGGCCGUUUGUGCCGCCCGGCCUGUCGGCGUCGUACAGAAACCCCACGCCGCUCAUGAACGUGGAUGGGCGCGCGACCAUGGAGAUUGCCGCCAUGGAAAUUGCCAGAAUGAGCGACGAAAUCGACCAGCUCCGCGUGGAAGCCGACGAGCAGCUGGAGGCGCGCAUGACGGCCGAGGCCUACCUGCUGAGCAUGGAAGACCGCAUGCUGGACCUCGAAGCGGCCAUUCGUGACGAGUGCGCCACAGAGUUUGAGCAGCGCCUCGCGCUGGAGCUGGCUCGCUUUAAAGCCUCGGUGGCGCUGGAGCAGGAGCGCAGCGAGGAGCACUGGGAUCGCAAGGUGGACAUCCUCGAGCGCGGCCUGGAGAGCACCCGAGACGACGGCGACUGCGACAAGGAGAAUGUCCUGGUCGAGGACCUCACCGAGGAGGUGGAGCGGCUGCGGCGAGAAAACGCCAUUCUGAAGCGCGAGCUGGCGGGCCGGAGUCCCACCAAGCGCAGGCCCCUUGAGGAGAGAGACGAUUUCUCCGCGUCGCCUGCCACGGCGACGGCGACAGCCUCGAGGGACGGCGUGGCGAACCUGAGCAAGAAGCUGGAGCGAAUCCGUGUCGGUACGGACAGCGCGAGGUCGUCGGGUGCCGGUAGUGCCGGUGCGGGCGGCGGCGGGAGUCCCAAGAAGAUGAGGAAGUUGGCGAGCACGAAGCGCUGGGAGGAGGCGAGGGACGACCUGUGA